AUGUCCGACGACAGUGAGCGCCGUUACAAAGCGUGUCGAACAUGCCGAAGACAGAAAAUGCGCUGUGAUGGUAGUGACGGCAUCCCCUGUCGACGAUGCCUCAAUGCAAGGGUUCCUUGUGUGUUUGACAAGACGGUCAUGAAAAGGCGAAACUCACCGUCCGACGAGGCCACCACCGCGAAACGGCAAAACAGGCAGAGUUUGGCGGAUGAGGUUGCCAUGCUGAAAGAUCAGAUCGCAAUCCUUCGACGGUCGCACAGCUGUUCGGCCCAGGAAACAGCCGAAGCGCUGUCCAUCGCAGGAGACCAACAGUCGGGGCGUGUCAACAGAGGGGUUACUGCCUUUUCAUCCCAGAGUGGUCCCGGUGACGAUGGCAAAUCCGAUUUUGGCCACACGUUCUCUCCGGAGAAUCUAGGCUGUCCCGUCAGUGCUGUUCAUGUCAUGAUGCACCCACCUCUGGACGGCGAGCCUGAGCGGAACUCGUCGGGCUGGACAGUGGAAAAUCAGUCCAAAUGGAAUCGCGAAGAUCAAUCCAAAGGCUCCCGCCCAGAUAUUAUUGAUCGUCAACUAGUCGAUGAGUCUGAAGCUCGCGAACUAUUUGAUCUAUACAUGCACGGGGGCAAUGCCUUUCUGCCUAUCUUCGAUCCGCUCCUGGACACAUUCGACUCAAUCCGACAGACGUCUCCGUUCACCCUGACAGUCAUCCUCUACGUGGCAGCUCGUCACCAACAUAUCCAAGAGACGAACAGUCCAACCUUGCAAUUGUGUAAGGAGGAGGCUCUGCGUUACGCAGCAGAGUCGUUGUUCCAGAACCCUUGCUCCCUCGAGACAUUAGAGGCCAUGACAAUUCUAGCCGUGCAUUCCGAGAAGACAUGGUUUGCGCUUGGACACGCUCUUCAGAUGGCUCUCGAUCUUGGAAUCCACUAUACAGUCCGGAAGAUAAUAUCCAGUUCUGUAUCACAGGCUAACUCGUCCACCUCCACCAGAGUGACGCGCAUUGAUCUCCGUUUUGCGCGCAUCUGGCUUUUACUUGUUCAAUACGAGCGGGCAAUCGCCUUUGGGAGCUUACGCAAAUCUCGCACCGAAGAGCUCAUUAUCGCCGACCUAGAAAGCUUUCUCGAUCUUGCUGCGCUGCAUCCUUCCGCGAUAUCUUCCUGCGCCGCCAUCGAUAUUUUUCAGGACCUGGUCCGGCUGCGCAAAGGGCCGGAUCUCCUUUCGACGGAAAAGUUUGAAACGGGUGUAAAGCUCUGGUUUCGCAAAUGGGAUUCUCGUUUCGAGGACAACGGUGUCCACAAAGAGUCUCUUCAACGCUCACACCUGAGGAUCCAAGAGCUCUAUGCGAGACUGAUACAGGGCGGCAUCAUGUUCGUUCGGGUUCUCAAGGCGCGACAGCUUCGUGAAGCUCAAACGGUCUCGACCGAUCACGACGAGAAGUCUGUUCAGCUCAGCAUACGCAUCUUACAAUUGGUGCAGGACCUUUUGACCUUCAUCAAUAACUGCCGUGCGUACAAAAGAGUCUUCUCAUGGGCACCAACGCACGAAGGCUUGCUUCUUACGUUUGUGAUCAUCCUGGCGUUUCAGGUGUUGCAGGUGCAUCCAGAUCCCCAGAGACGGGAUGAUUUAUUGGUGCAAGUCGAACAAACUGCUGUCCUGCUAAAGCAACAUCCUUUAAGGAGCUUCUACGAGGUCGUUGCUCGAUUGAUGCGCCUCGCCAAGUCUUCAUCCAUAACCCUGCAAGAUCCUUCCCUACCGAGUUCCUCACAGGCCCAUGAGUACAAUUCCAUCGACUUUGGGCCUAUAUUGGAAGGAGAGGACUGGUUCUUUGACACCUCGACCGACGCCUUCUUCCAUCCCUCCAUCGGUGAGGAGACUUCCGACAUAUAUGGACCGCCUCUCAUUUAACCGUUUGAUGGUCCACGACAUACACGACCUCCAAUGGGCUGACGGAAAGCUUUAAACCCAGUGACUAUUUUGUGUAGUUUCCCCUCGCACACUGAUGCUGGAGCGACGACCCACGCCCUCUUCCACUCCAGAUGACAGGAUUGCCCCCUAGUAUAAGGCAAGAGUCACAGCCUCGUCAGCCUUCCCACAGCUCUUUCCUCCUCCCCGCCGUCAAAGCACAGCAGAGGUCUCGAAGACAGCUCUGGGCAGAUACCACUCAUAUUUUCUCGGAUUGUCCUUUCCGCCAAAAUUUUGCUGUGCAAGGGGAAAUGCCUUUUUCCCACGACAUCUUAAGGGCUUAGGUUUCAGCCGAUGUCGGUCGGCCUGGAAUCGCCGGUGCUUUUGUGAUUGCAUGUUGUUGCUGCCUAGGCAAGAUUUCGAUUCAGGCGUCCAGGUUUUACUGAGAACAUCACUGGUGGUUUGUUCUGGCAUUAACUCCUGCAGCAAAUUGCACUCGUUAUGGGUGACGGUGGUUGCGGAGAGCAAAGUGUGCAAUAAAUCCCUCGUCGAAAGGCGCUGGCCGACAUCUUGCUGGUCUGUUGCUUCGGC